AUGGCUGCCAGCGAAUCGCCAAAACCCACCCCAAAGAACCCCAAGAAUGACGUCUCCACUCGUGCCAAACGCUCCAAGUCGUUCACAGGCUGCUUCACCUGCAGAUCCCGAAAAAUCCGCUGUGAUUUGUCCCGUCCCUUCUGCAACAAUUGCACCAAGGCUGGAGUGGUGUGUUCUGGCUACGACAUCAAGCUCAAGUGGUCGCUUCCGUUGAACUUCAAAACACGCUCAGGCCAGGCGUUCUCUUCGCUGGUUUCGUUCAAUUUGGGUGACGAAGAUGCCGAAACUCCCGAGUUCUUCCAGCGCAGAAACGUGGACUUCGUUGUAUGGGACGAAAAGCUCAACUGCAGACCCUAUGAAACCUACGAAGAGAUGGACCACGACUUGGGAAUCUUGCAUAACUCUGGAAACGACAGCUUGGUGCAUCUGGAGGGCAAGACGAAAUUAUUGGGUCCAUUUGGAGUGUUUAAAGGCAAGAUACCACGCCCAGCACGGCCAGAAAAGGCCCAGUCGUUUGGCAUCAAGAAGCCCAAGCUCUCUUCCAACGGCAGGACGAGUUCUCCCGGUAUCCAGGGACAGAUGAAGCGGUUUCCCUCAUCCCAGACUCCAUCAAACCGAGCAUUGGCCUCCGAGAAUACUCCCCACGACCAGCUCUGGCUCUCCAACGAGCUCCGAGACGAUGCUCUCUUGACGGCAGCUGCACUCAAUGGAGACACCCAGCUCUUGCAGUUCAUGAACAACAUUUCUCCCACUAACACCAACCUCAACUCCAACCAAGGCAGUCCGUCUUCGAGGCCGCUCAACAGUGCCAGCAGCACCAACUUGGCGUUGUUCAACACCAACCAGAACGACUUCUUGAACCUUGUGUUCCAUCGAAACCAUAACUUAAAUCUGGGAAGACAGACUCCAGGCGAGCCAGGGACGGGUACAAACACACCAGGACCCAUCGAGAACAAUAACAUGGCCAUGUCUAACCUCCUCAACAACCACGAAACGUCCACCAUCAUGAUCAACCCCACAAACCAGCACUUAUACUACUCCAACUACAACAACUACUACUACAACAAUCCGUACCAACUCAACGAGGACUUGGAAAUCCACCUCCAUGCCUCGAAGGUGCCCAAUUCCAACGAGGACGACUCCACAGACAUCGUGGAGGGCGAGCCUGCUAAUAACAGCACUACCAUGCCGUCGUCCGUAAUGUGCAUCGUGCAGAACCCGUUGCAGCCCAAGUUGGGGUUUGACAUCUCGUUUUCCAAUCCCCAAGGACCCAGCUUUGGCUUGCCCUCGACUGCGUUGCAGGUGCAGCCGUUGACCCGCUACUUGCUCAACUACUACAUCACCCAGGUCGCAGAUCUCAUGACAGUCAUUCCGUUGACCGAGAAUCCCUGGAAGACCAUCUACUUUCCACGAGCGUUGAUGGCUAUUGGCGAGCUCCUGUCGUUGGGCCACACCUCACCAGCCAAAAAUGCGUUGUUGAAUGCCCUCUUGGCGGUGUCUGCGUUCAAUCUCCAGUCCAAGUUCCCCAAAAACUCAGACGCCAUGAAAUACUACCUUAAUCUCGGGAUCCGGCUCCGUAACCAGGCCAGUGUAUUUGUCAAACAGUUGUUGAACUCCAAGUCUGCAACCCAGUCGGGAAUCGAGCACUGUGUGUCUAACGAGAAGUACAAGGACGUGUUGUGCUCGGUGAUGUCUAUGAUCAGUGUAGACUUGGUGUGGGGGACGAUGCAGGAUACCAACUUCUACAUCAAGUGGUGUGGUAAGGUGAUCGUGGCCAAGAUGGUCAAUAAGAAGAAGCUCUCGUCCAAGGCUCGAAUUCUCCACCGUAUUUUCCUGUCGUUGAAAUUGAUCCAAGACUCGACAUGCUUGGACUUGGACAGCAUCAAAAGCGACUUUGCCAUCAACGACGACGGCUCGUACGACGUCAACGGAGACAAGUUUGGCAACGUCAAAAAGGGCAAGAUCGAUUUCAUCGUCAACGACUCCAUCACCGCGAAGGGAGGGGCUAAAAAUACAUCUCCGUCGUUUGUCAAUAAGAAGUUGAUCAACACCAAGAAGAACGACGAGAACUUUGCCACCGAUGCGUUGUACGGCUUGCCCAACUCGUUGAUUUUGUUGUUCAGUGAAACUGUCCAGUUAUUGAGAACAAAAAUCCAUCAUCAAGAGGUUUACCAAAAGUUGCCCGACGAUUUCACCCAGAGAGUCAACAUCUUGAACAAACGGCUCUUGAACUGGAAGCUCGACUGGAAACUCUACGACGAUCCACUGGAGACAGAGACAGCUCUGACAGAUAUCGAGGUCGACCAGGAUCUCCGCGAAACCGUCAACGGCUUCCAGAUCGAAGACGACGACUCAAGCAAGCAGUUCUUUUCGCCCAUGCAUGAAAUCACCUACCAUCACAUCUUAUCUUUCUACCACGCGUUGAUGAUAUAUUUCAAUAGGUUGAUCAAGGAGGUAUCGCCUCACAAAUUACAAGUCAAGGUGGCCAAAACUUUGAGGCACUUGAAUGAGAUUCAACGGUUGAUACGAAACGACGAAGCUGCCAUCAUUCCCUUGUUUUGGCAAGGUUUCAUUGCCGGAUGCGAAGCCACAUCCUUACACUUGCAAACCAGCUUCAAAAAAUGGGGAUCAGAUAUUGCCCAGUACCUUGGGAGUUAUUGGGGUGCCAGACAGAUCAUGUUAGAAGUCUGGCGCCGGAAGAGAAUGAAUGAAGCCCGUGAUGAUUGGGUAAGCGUCAUUCAAGAUUGGGAAAUGAAUUUAAUGUUGAACUAA